UACUAACUCCACUGGCGACAGUGAGGAGUAUUUUGUUGUUCAGGUAGACACUGCUAUCACAAACACACACAUAACACGUAACCCACUCAAGUUCACUGAGGAGGUAGAGCAAAAAGGGAAAAAAAGGCUGCUGGUUCCUUUUUUUGUGGACAGCUAACCUGGGUGACCUGGAUAGCUGACACACCUUUGUGAGCUUCACUGGAGAAUGUAGCUGCAGCCCUCCAGCCGACCCACAGGAAACACGCCACCAUGGGAGAAGCUCAAAAGGGCUUACUCUCUGUCAUAGAGAAACUGAAGGGAUCCACAGAGCAGGAGGUCAGGAUUGUGCUUCUGGGGCUGGACAACGCCGGAAAGACCACGCUGCUGAAGAGCCUCGCCUCUGAGGAUGUGAACACCAUCACACCAACACAGGGCUUCAACAUAAAAAGCGUUGCCUCGCAUGGCAUGAAACUCAAUGUUUGGGACAUCGGAGGACAGAGGAAGAUCAGGCCUUUCUGGAAAAAGUACCUGGAAAACACAGACCUGUUGAUUUAUGUUAUUGACAGUGCAGACAAGAAGCGGUUUGAGGAGACGGGUCUGGAGUUGUCCGAGCUCACUGACGAGGAAAAUCUAAAGGGCGUUCCAGUGCUCAUAUUUGCCAACAAGCAGGAUCUGGCCACGGCAUCGCCGGCCAGUGAGAUCGCAGAGGGACUCAACCUGCAUACGUACCGGGACCGCGAGUGGCAGAUUCAGGCCUGCUCUGCUGUGUCCGGGGAGGGAGUUCAGGAUGGCAUGAACUGGAUUUGCAACAACAUUAUGAACAGGAAGAAGCGAACCAGUGUGAAGACUGACCAAGAUGAAACUUGAGAAUCAGCAUCUCAACUCAUUUUUCAAUGAGGGAUCGAAAAAUGUCUCACUUCAUCUAAUAUCAAUGCACCUCACCUAUGACAGAUCCUGCGCCCCCAUAUUUGGAUAAUUAUAUGGUAUAUAAUGUAGUUCAUUCAAAUUUAACACUUAAGCACUUACUAAUGAUUGUCGUCCCCAUAAAAAUGAAUAUUUUUGUUCUCCUUAUUCCAGGGAUCUUUGUCAGGUGAAUCUGUGUGCUUUCCGUAAAAUGCUGGGAAAACCAAGCUGAGUGUGUAGCCAUGUAGAACUGUUGGGGUUUGUCAGUGUCAUAGACACCAGUUCAGUGUGAGUGUCAAGUGUGUGUUUUGAGGUUUUGACAAUAAAAUAAUUAGUCUUUU